AUGGCUCGUACGACCACCACAAACAGCGACUAUGGCGCGCCAACAGUCCGCGCGAACAAAACGUCUCGUCUCCUUCUCACUGCCACCCACGCCCUGCACCUGAUCAGUUCCCUCAUCGUCCUGGGUAUCGCAGCAUACUUCAUCGCAAACUUCGGCCACAACACACAUAUCCUGUUCUGGAUCUGCGUUGCCGCCAUCGACACAUUCCUCUACCUCCCCGCCGUCGCCCUCCCCUUCCUCAAAUCCUACAAAGGCUAUCUCGCCCCGCUUGCCUGGAUCUUCUCAUACCUCUGGCUCACGGCGUUCAUUUUCUCGGCGCAGGACUACAACUACAAUGGUGGGUGCGCGAUCAACUCGCCCGCUCUUGUCAACAAGUGCAGCUUGAAGAAGACGCUCGAGGCGUUUGCUUUUAUUGCUUUCUUCACAAACCUCGUUGGCACGCUUCUUGAGACCAGGAUUUACGAUGCCAACCGCUUCAACAACACGCGCCAUGCGACUGGUUCGGAUAAGGUCCUUGCUCCUACGCAUGAGACGACUACUGUUCACGAUGCUCCUGCCACUACGGGCGUGCAUCCCCAGACGUCUACUGUUUAA